AUGCAAUGCACACAAAAAUCAGUGCAUGCCUGUUUUUUUGUAGCACGUUCCUUGCUGAUUGGUUAUGGCUUCGUAGUGUGCUGGUGACCUUAUGCCGACCACGCCAUGCAAGGAUUUCGGCGUAUCGCGACUGUUCGCGCUGCUGUCCUUAGGAAUUCUGCCAGAUCGCAGCACAGCGGCGUCGAUGUUGCGGGUCAUGCUCAGGUAGCCCAUGCCACCUAUCCGGCCAAUACCGGCAAUGCCGGCCCUGCACAAGCCGCUGCAGCCGUCAACUCCGCAUCGAUCCCUUCGGCUGGCCCGGUAGCAGGUGUUGGCUCAGCCGAAAAGGAAUCAUCUGGAGGAAACGAGGGAUUUGAGAAUGAUGCCGCUCGCUGGCAGCAGGCAGUGCAGGAGUUGGGUGAAAUCAAGACCAGCGGUCCGCUCGUCGAAUGGUUCCUGCAGUACUUCCCGCGCGCCACUUACCAGCAUUGGUUUGCGUCGGCGGCGCACCACAACGUCCAGUCUCUGGUGCAGGACAUGGCUAUGCAGGUGUGCUGUGAAGGCUGCACUCACAUCUCCACCACUGCCAUGGUCGCCAAACAGCCGGUCGACCUGAACGAGGUGCACGACGUCGUCUCGCUGGUGCGCCUGCUGGCGUUCGACUACCGCUGCAACGUGCCGCCGUUCGUCCGGCACGCCGUGGUGGAGCUGCUGCUGGCGCUGCCCCUGUCGGCACGCUGCGCCGCACUGCACCGCGACCUGUCCGUCCUGGCCUACCUGGUCGAUGAAUUUGCCCGAAGCGGUGCCGUCGGCAACCGGCUGCCCGCUCAGCUUGCGUCGUCAUUGGCGACGGCCAUGCAGCUGGUGGCGCGGGACCUGGGCGCCGAGCGGCAGCGAGCGCAGGAGCUGGACCUGGCCGUGAGAAAGGAAACCGAGCGUGUCACGUCGUUCGGUGCCAACCAAAGCCGAAUGCGCCAGCUUGAGCACUCGCAGUCUGCCGGCCAGUCGCCACACGAGGGGGACCCCAGGGUCAAGCGUAUUCAGUUCCAGCGUCGCGAGAAAAUCAGCAAGUUGCGUCUGUCGCAGCUGCACACGCAGCACCAGCAGCAGAUGCAGCGAGAGCAGCGCUUGGCCGGUGGAGUAGCCGUGACUGUAGGCGUCUUCAAUGCUAUGAAGGCACACGUUGCUGAUCAUGUUGUGCUCGGCGACGCGUUGCAGGAGUUGAUUGCGCACGCACCGGCCCAUCACUACUCGGUGCAUUUCCUGUCAGAGGUCCUGGACAUGUUCCCUGCUGAUCCACGGUAAUGUGAUAUGCACAUUCCGCUGUAUGGAAUCCCCCGCCACUACACAUGCGUAACCGCCCCUACACAUGCAUGACCGCCCCUACACAUGCAUAACCGCCCCUACACAUGCAUGACCGCCCCUACACGUACAUAACCGCCCC